GAGAGUACAGGUUGGCGACACUGCUCCCUUUUGACAGGUGACGCAUGAGAUACCAAUAAGGGCUGUUUGAGAAUGUAUGUAGAAAUGUUUGUGACUUCUAGGAUGGAAAAAAUACGCAUGUGUGAUCGAAGAGAAAAUUUUCAGAGGAUUUAGAAUUUUGCUAUAAAAUAUGGAAGAUAGAGAAGUACGUGUAGGUCCGCUUUUGGAAGAAACAUUUUAUAUUCUUUCAAAAAAAAGUACUGUUUACAGAGUGAAGCUGACUGAUAAGGGGCUGAGUUUGCAGAAGGAAAGCAAUGGGAGCACUAAAACUGAAGUCAUUCGAAUAAAUGAUAUUCUAGGUUGCAGGUGCAUGCGAAGUAAACGCAGGUCUGGUGCAUCAUGCGUGUGUAAUUCUAGCACAAACAGGAAAACUAAUUUAAGGCCGGUGGAAGAGAAUUCUGGUGAACAAGACGAGAAAGAUAUAAGUGCUUAUCUGUAUAUAUAUGCGUAUGUCCUUAAAAAAUUUAGGGUUAAGUCUGGACGCAAGCGAGAUCGAAUGACCAUAACUUUACGGUUUCGUUCAUUUGACAAGUAUGAAGAUAAUAUGCGAGAAGCACAGAAGUGGAGGAUUGCUGUCAAAUGCCUAAUCAGAAACAGUCCGAUCCCGAGGUGUAUACUAACUGCAGAUGACACGAAUAUUUCUCUUCAAGAUGAGGCUAUUGCUGGAGAUGAAAAGAAAUUUCUUGUUCUGCUGAAUCCCAAGAGUGGCCCUGGUAGAGCACGGGAGAUGUUCCAGCAGAGAGUAGUGCCUGUCCUUGCCGAAGCAGAGAUGUCCUUUGACUUGUACGUCACAAAACAUGCCAACUAUGCACGUGACUUUGUGCGCCUCAAAGACAUAUACCAGUGGCGAGGCAUUAUUGUUGUUGGAGGAGAUGGUAUUGUUUUUGAGGUUUUGAAUGGCAUGCUGGAGCGUGAGGACUGGAAACAGGCCCUUCUCGAAAUUCCUAUCGGUGUGAUUCCUGGUGGUUCAGGAAAUGGUUUAGCAAAGUCCAUCAGCUAUGCUAAUGAUGAGCCAUAUGAUCAGAAUCCAGUUCUGAUUUCAUCAUUGAACAUUGUCAAAGGCAAACCAAGACCGAUGGAUUUAGUGCGCGUUGAGACAAAAACACAGAUUAUGUUCUCAUUUUUGUCUGUUGGAUGGGGUUUCAUCUCUGAUAUUGACAUUGAAUCGGAAAGACUCAGAGCAAUUGGUGGGCAGAGGUUUACAGUUUGGAGUGUUGCGAGGCUUAUAGGCUUGCGGACUUACCGGGGGAAGCUGUACUUCUUGCCCCUGGAUGGCUACCGGUUGCAGGAUUUCACAGUAGGAGUGAAGGCGAGCGGGAACCUGAAGAGGAGCACGAGUCAGAUGGUGGAUUCUGGCAGCAAAACUAAGCAGAUCUUUCCAGAGUCGCCGUUCACGCCGGUCCACAACAGCAUUAGUUUUCACGACAACAUCAACUGCCAUCCACAAGGAAAGGACGAGUGUGAAGUCCAAGCAACAGACUCCCUCACACUAGAAACUUCUAGCCAGUUUGCAGACGACGUGGACCUGGAGAGCGAUGAGCACCCCCGCCAGAGGCUGGACAGCUACUACUCGGCCAACUCUCGCCACAGCGCGUACUACUCGCUGGCAGGCUCCACGUACCGCUCGCUGGUGGACAGUGUCUCGCCGAGCAGCCUGGGCGGGGACUGCAUCCAGCCGCGGCGGCCCAACUGCAGUGUGCAGAUGCACGGCCCUCCGUCCCGCCUGCCGUCCCUCAUGCAGCCUCUGCCCGACCACUGGGUCUCCAUUGCAGGGGAGUUUGUGAUGGUGCAUGCCUCGUACCAGUCUCACCUCAGUAACGACUGCAUGUUCGCACCCAGCUCGAGGCUGGCGGACGGCAUCAUCUGGCUGCUGAUCAUCAGGGCUGGUAUCACGCGAGGGCAGAUGCUACAGUUCCUGUUGGGGCUGUCGUCCGGUUCACAUCUGCAGUGCGACCACGUGGAGAUGAUCCCGGUGACGGCGUUCCGGCUGGAGCCGGAGGAAGGGGGCGGCGCGGGCCACAUCACGGUCGACGGGGAGCUGGUGGACUACGGGCCUAUGCAGGUGGAGCUCAUGCCGUCGCUGGCCAGCGUCCUGGCCCGGUGAUGACAUUCCUUUCUCCCAGCUCGCCUGCUGUCCCCCUAAUGCAUUUACGGUUACACUUCCUUUACUUGCAUUUGUCCUGAUAAUCAAAAUUAUCGUUAAGUAGUUCUACUAGAACUUUUCGUAAAAAUAGUGACAUAUUGUUCAUUAGUGUUUGUGUUUGUGUGUCAUACGGUCAAGUUUUGGUUGUAAUACCGUAUUUAUCCGAAUAAGCAGCGCCUCGAAUAAGUAUUGCACCAAACUUUUUAAAACAGAACUUGUAACAAUAUUUUUAAAUUUCUAUUAAGAAUGGGCCACUCGAAUGCGUGAACACCAUCAAGUAGUGAAUUCAAAAGAUGUGAGAUUUGAAGAAAAAUAAUCAAAGAAGAUUAUUGAUGGAAAUGAUUUAUUUGUGUUUUCCUGUUUAUAUUAUAUUACCAUUCACCAAGAUAGUGUACUUUUAAUAUGUAAUAAGCAUAUGUUAUAUGUUAGUAAAAUAAGGAGUUGGAUAGAUUCUGGAAAUAACCAUUUAAAGGGUUAAUGUUUCAUAUUAAAGUUAAUAUUUUUUUUUUAUUGA